AUGCAAGUUGCGGGGCAGCAGUCAGCCGGCCCCCUGGGCUCCUCCGGGCAGCAGCACCCCCCCAGCGCCCAGGAACUGCUGGAUCUGGCUGUCUACGGGGAGCAUCUGAGCCUCUACCAGCCGGGGCUCCAGCAGCACCCUCACGGCCCACCCAGAGCCCCCUCGGGGCCCUCCACCGUCUUUGGGCUGUCCGACUACGGCGGAGCGGGGGCCAACCCUUACCUGUGGCUCAAUGGGUCGGCCCUCAGCACGCCCCCGUACUUGCCCAGCUACGGCGGCCCGGGACAGCGCGGCUUCCUGCCGGCUUCGCCUGGCUUCGGGGCAGCUGCGGCAGCCGAGCUCACCUGGUUGUCGCUGUCCAGCCAGCAGGAUCUGCUGAAGAUAAUGCGGCCGCCCUACUCGUACUCUGCGCUCAUCGCCAUGGCCAUCGAGAGCGCCCCCGACAAGAAGCUCACCCUGAGCCAGAUCUACCAGUACGUGGAGGGCACCUUCCCCUUCUACAAGAAGAGCAAGGCGGGCUGGCAGAACUCCAUCCGCCACAACCUGUCGCUCAACGACUGUUUCAAGAAAGUGCCCCGAGAUGAAGAUGACCCAGGGAAAGGAAAUUACUGGACCUUGGACCCAAACUGUGAGAAAAUGUUUGAUCAUGGGAACUUCCGGAGAAGGAGGAAACGACGAGGGGAACCCAAUGAGACAGGGACACUAGGAGCUGUCUCUAAGUCUGAAGACAGUAGCUCUGGGACCCUCAAAAACCCAUCAGAGAACGUAGGCCUUGUUGAGUCAACUUCCUCCCAGCUACUUACCUUGCCCAACUCUGGGCCUGAGUCCAAACCUCCCCUUCAACCUGUGGAGCCCAUCCCAUAUUUCUCCAGCUUUGCUUCCACCAUGGGGACCCCAGCUAAUGACUGUGGAAUCUUCCCCAGACACCCCACAGGAAUAGGAGGUGGACUAGUAGGGGAUUUGCCUCUGGGAAGACAGGUAAACUCUGGCCUCAGCUCCUACUCAGCUUGCUCCAGUAUGGGGCAUGGUGUAGAACUUGGCCCUCAGACUCAGUCCCAACCCACAAAUGGUCAUGGCACUGGCUUUCAUAAUUUCCAUGUCAACAAUUUGAUUUAUAGCAGAGAAGGGACUGAGGUUUAA